UGUCUACUGAGUAUCACCAGACCUCAGCCCUUUCCACUACUCCUCUCUCUUGAUGAUUAUCUUCUGCUAGUUUUCCUUACUUCUGCUUCUUGCAGCCACGACUGUCUCAGUCUAUUCAUCAUGUUCAUAGUCAUCAUCUUCAUAGAGGUUGCAUUUCAUGCGUUGCCACCUAUUCGACGUGACCGUGAUCGACCCGAAGAGCUACUACGAGUACUCUCCCGGGAUGUGUCGCGCCUUUGUGCAACCCUUUUCAGCACACAAGCGGAUCACCUUCGAUAUGAUGACAGAAAACAGCUUAGCGUUCUCCACAAAGAAGAAACUUUACUUGGUGUAUUCUCUUCCUCCACAUAUGACGCAACGUGAUGAAGAAGAAGCACUUGAUCUUCACAGUUUUUUAGUUUCCUCCAUAGAAGUAGUACAUGAUCAUGCCCAGCAUGCGUGACCAUGUUGUUGUUGACUACCCGAGCCAUAUAAAAGACGCACACGCAGACAAGUCAGGAAUAGGAAGCACUUCAACAAGUUGAAUCUUCUUCAUAUUAGACGACACCUUCGUGCUGGCCUUUCAUAUUGAAUUAUCGGCGAAUACUCGAGGACGCACUUGGCGUCGAAUUUAUGCAAGGGUAUGUGGAAUAACUAGUGGAUCGGGCAGGUGAGGCAACAGGCUCUUCACCAGUUAAGGCCUUUUUGUUUGUCUGGUAGUGGCAUCAGUGACAUUGACAUUGACUAUUCAUCUCUCUCUUUAACCAAUACCAACGUACGCAGAGUCCUCAUAUGCUUAUGCUGGGCGUGGACCACAGAGGAUACCGAGGUCUAAAGCAGAUAGGGCCGAAAAGUUGUCUUCGUCUAGACCGAAAAAGUCACUUUAUCUAAUAGCCAGAGUAGUUUAUAGCACGCAAGGUGCAUGGAGUAGCAUGGAGUGCAUGGAGCGCAGAGCUUUAAGGGGCGCAAGAAGCUCCCC